UUUUCAUUAUUAAUAUUUUGCGCGCGCACACACACCUCAUUGGUAAAAAAAGUCAAUAAAUAAUAACAAAUGCAAAAAUUUGGAUUUUUAUAAAUGAUUUAUUCUCUCUCUUUAUCUCUCUCUCUCUCUCUCCUCACACACACACACACACACACGGCACUGAUUUCUGAUUUAAACAUAUAUUUAUUUGUUUGUUUGUUCAUUUGUUUAAAUAUUAAGACGUAAGUAAAUUCCCCUUUAAUUAUUUGCAUCACUUUUACAACAUUUGAUGUGGUUCAGAGCUAAUCAGAGAUAAAUGGCUCCUAAAUGAGUUUAUUGAAACAGGGUAAAUAUGGUGGUGAUUAAUGAAAAUGAGUGAAAGUAUUAUUAGUAGUCAUUGCUAUAGGUUAAUGAAAUGCUCAAUUAAUCGAAUUCAGUUUUUUUUUCUAAAUUAGGUCUAUGUCAUCGGGAUGAGGUCACAUCAAAUGGCCGAAUAGACCCUGAUUAAACAUGCUAGAGGUGAGGGAAUAAAAUAAGUGCACUGGCCAUCAGCAGCCUACAGUGACAGCUCUUUGUUAGUGAACAGAAGAAAUCAGAAUUGAGAGAGGGAGAACUCCUCCUACCAAAUUACCCAAGCAGGGCAGGCGUUUCUCUCUCUCUCUCUCUCUCUCUCUCUCUCGCUUUCUUCAACAAAUAAGACACACGUCUCCAAGCCUCACACACUCCCCACACCCGACUUCUGGGCACUCGGAUCCCUAUAAGAGCCAAACUGGGAACUAAAAUCACACGAUUUAAAACAAAUUUUUCAUUUCUUUCUCAGCAGAUUUCCUCCUCACCUGGACUAUACUUUUGAUUUUUGCUUCUUUUUUAAAAAACAAAAAACAAAAACAAAAAAACAGAAGUGGAUGUGCGCUUUACUAAUGUUCCUGCCGUUUGCAGUUUGCGAGGCGGCCUGCUAAAGUGCGCGCACGUGCGCGCGCGUGUGUGUGCUUGGUGGUGUAUGCGUGCUGGUGGUGGUGUGUGUGUAAGUUUCCUUGCAGCAGAUCGCUUUCGGAUGGUGUGAGGGGCUCCGUGGCGCCUGUUAUAUGGAAGUUGUGGCGUGCAAGGCGAAAGAGAGCAGUUGCACAUUGCGCCCCGCAGCAGCAGCAGCAGCCAUGCUAUUCCACGGCAUCUCCGGCGAACACAUCCAGGGCAUUAUGGAGGAGAUGGAGAGAAGAAACAAAUCGGAGUCUCGCCUAGCCAAAGCUGUCCAGAUGAACGGGAGAGAAACGAGCAUGCCGUCUGUUAGCCCGGAGAAGCCUGCUCUGUGUGCCGGAUGUGGAGGUAAAAUCUCUGACCGCUAUUAUUUACUGGCUGUGGAUAAACAGUGGCACCUGCGCUGUCUCAAGUGCUGCGAGUGCAAACUGGCUUUGGAGUCCGAGCUCACGUGCUUCGCCAAGGACGGCAGCAUUUACUGCAAAGAAGAUUACUACAGGUUCUCCGUGCAGCGGUGCGCGCGCUGCCACCUGGGCAUCUCGGCGUCGGAAAUGGUGAUGCGAGCGCGCGACUCCGUGUACCACCUUAGCUGCUUCACGUGCACGUCGUGCCACAAGACACUGAGCACAGGCGACCACUUCGGCAUGAAGGAGAGUCUGGUGUACUGCCGUCUGCACUUCGAGAGCCUCGUGCACGGGGAAUACCAGCAUCACCAACAGCAGCACGCGCAGCUGAACUACGCAGACUUAGCUGCAAAGGGCGCGAGCCUAGCGCUGCCGUACUUCAACGGCUCGGGCACGGUGCAGAAGGGAAGGCCGCGGAAACGGAAGAGCCCGGCCAUGGGCAUAGAUAUCAGCACGUACAACUCGGGUUGUAAUGAGAACGAAGCUGAGCAUCUGGAUCGAGACCAGCAGGCAUACGCUCCAUCGCAGAAGACCAAACGCAUGCGCACGUCCUUCAAGCACCACCAGCUUCGCACCAUGAAGUCCUACUUUGCCAUCAAUCACAAUCCUGAUGCCAAGGAUUUAAAGCAGCUUGCGCAGAAGACGGGCCUCACCAAACGAGUGCUGCAGGUCUGGUUCCAAAACGCGCGGGCCAAAUUCAGACGGAACGUUUUGCGGCAGGAGAGUGGGGGUGUUGAGAAGGCUGACGGCACGUCACUUCCCGCACCCUCCUCCGACAGUGGUGCUCUGACCCCGCCAAGCACGGCCAGCACGCUUACAGACCUGACCAAUCCCUCUAUCACCGUAGUCACCUCAGUCACCUCUAGUUUGGACAGCCACGAGUCCGGGAGUCCCCCGCAAACUACCCUGACGAACCUUUUCUAACGCAGAUUUGGGGUUUUGUCCUUUAUUGAUUUUUUUUCCUCCCUUCCAAAUGUGGCUUUUUGUUGUUAUUUACAAAACACUCUUAAGCAACCAGAGACAGAUCCAUUUGAAGACGAAGUAGUCCCCUCAAGUCAGGAUUAUUUUGGACAGACUGUAUUUUGAUUUGGCAAAAAAUUAAUAAAGAAAGAAAGAAAGAAAAAAGAAAGACAGAAAUAAUUAAUCAGUGAAAUAAAGCAUAAAUUAUAAUUUGAUUUCUUUUGUUUACAUUCAAAUCAAGUAUAAUUUGAACAGCUACAACUCACUCUGUAAACCUUAUUCAUAUUUCUUUUGGUUUUGUUUUUCUAUUACUUUAGAAAAUUGGACAGAUUUCAUUUCCGAUUCAAGCAGUGACGGUCCCGUUCUCACACAAAGCACUAAAACAAAUGAGAGGGUCAAAACUUAAUGUGUAGCACUUGCAACCACUUGGCAGCUGAGUUUACACGUCUGUCUAUUUUUUCCCCAUUUUUUGUAAUGUACUCACCAUGUCAGCAUCGUGCCGGCAUGUUUCAGCACUUCAUAUGUGAAAGCGGAAACAUGUCUUAGAGCACGUGCUUUAAGCCACACAGAAAAUCCUCCAUUCUGUUUUGUAAUUUUUUUUUUAUUUCAUUGAUGAUCUGCAUUUUAUUUCUAAAAGCAUUUUGCAUUCCAAUGUAUCCAGUGACUGUAGCUCUGAUAAACAACUCCAUUGCCGUUUACGUACUUUAUACUUUUACAACUCGCAUGCCAGGUGGUGCUUCAACCUCAAGACAGCAUCGUCGUACCAGCGUGGCUCUAAUUAGGGUUAAACAAUAUCGAAAACUGUGCAGUGGUAACUGUUCAAAAAAAGUAUAAGAGCCCUUUACAUCAUUAUUUUCUGAUGGACUUUGACAUUUGAAUUGAUUGUACAGAUAUGGCACUUUUAACAAGUAUUUUGGCGUAUAAAGUAUAUCAAACUUUUGUUAUGCCAAUUCCUAUUCAUUGCUAUAGAUUUGCAGUUUGCUUAGUGAUAAGUGUGUUAUGGUGGUGCAGCUCAGGGUGAUCAUGAGAUUCAACACAUUUGGAGAUGGAAAAAUCUAGUCUGUCUUUCUUAUUUUAUUUUUUUGCAUUUUCUAAUGUAUUACUUCUGAGCUUGUGGUUUGCAGAACCAAAUGAAACAAACACCUCUUAUGAUUGGAGAAAGUUAGUCAUACGUAUAAUCAAGUCACUUUUUUUCCCUUUUUUGGUCAAAUGCAAAUUCUUUCUAGGUUUUUUUUUUGUUUGGUUUUUUUAUGGACACUUGCCACUGAACAGACCAAAAACAUGACGGAUGAUUUGGAAUUGACAGCGAGGGGCAGUUAGGGGUUGAUUAGUUCAUUGUGUGAUGGAGAGUUGGUUCUGUUUGUAGAACAAAGUGCUCCUCUAAGAUCUACUUCAUGAAGUAGACGCCUAACUCAGUUCUACUAUGUGCCUUACGCUAUAACCUGGAAGAGAGCUUGUGAAAUUCAGGAGAUACAUGUGUGUUUGUUUAAUGGAUAUCGCAUUCUUUGAACGCCUCACUAGUUUUGUACUGUUCUGUUUUUCAUCUGAGGAUCUUUUUAAUGGUGUAAUUCUGUUACAAAGGAGGCAAGCGAUGGCCUAGAAAGCAGUUGUGCACUCUUUCAAAUAUAGUCGGUAAAUCCGAGAAUCUUAUAUAUUGAUCUUCGUGUUAAUAGUAUGGUACGUGUUCUAUCAAGAUUGUCCAUUGUUUCUUUGUUUCUUGAAAAAAAAGAUGGUGUAUAGAAACUAUUUCCCAUUAAA